GAUCAAUGAUUCAAGAAAUCCACUGUCAGUUCAAAGAAAAUUGACGCCAUAGCUGCAAUGGCCCGACCACCUCCUAGUGAUCCUGUUUCAAGCGACGAUGACGCUCCAGAAGCUGUUUCUCACUCUAUUUCCAAACGAAAUGCUAAGCGGGAGGAGAAAACCCUUCGUGACUUCGAGGCAGAAGAAAACGCGCGGAAGAAAACACACAACCGGGAGAGAGAUCGGAAAUUGAAGGAGCGAGCGGUUGUUACACGUCUGGGGAAGCCUUCAGAUAAUGCAGUACGGAAGGGAAAGCAGAAAGCUCCAAGGGAAUCUAAUGUUGAAAGUGACGGGUCCUCCGCUCAAGAGGACGAGACGCUUGAGGAUAACACGUUGGAAAUGCGAAUGCGCCGCGCAAUGGAGGAUGCUGCUGCUGAGAUAGGUGAUGGAGAGGACGAGGACGGGGACGGUGAGCUAGGAAAUCUGACAGACGAAGAAAUGGAUGGAGGAUCAGACGACAGUGGAAUGGACGAAGAGAUGGCAGAGUUUGAUGCUGAAAGCAGAGAAGAGGAGGAAGAGGAGGUAAUGAAUGGUAGCGAAGAUGAAUCAUCUGACGAAGACCGGCCUCCCUUGAGGAAGUCGUCGACCAAGGGACAAUAUCUGGAAGAUUCGCUUUUCGCGUCUGCAUUUGCUUCGCAAAACGCGCAUGCAGUGGCAGAUAUUACUGCAACCAAGUCACUACCAAAAGCGCAAAUAUCAAGGAAACGGCAGCGACAGCCAUUCUCGCGCGCCAAAGACCUUCUUGUGGGAACUCGUACUAUCCGUACCCUACCCAAUUCACUUGGAUCCAGAGCCCGUUCAACAGCUCACACCAUCCCAUCACAAAAAAUACGCAAAUUUAUCAAUCAAAGCCUUGCUGUCAGAGGUCGGAUGGCGUCUGCUAAAGCAAAAGCACGAGGAUGGGAGAGACGGCCAGGUGAGUUGUGGUCUAAUUUUGCUUUCACUCAUGCGAACCAAAAUUUAGCGAAUGUCGGCGUAAUGAAGUGGACUGGAGCGCCUUCUGGUUUUGUUCGCGAUAAGCAAUAAUAAUUUACACCUGCGAGUUCCGACGAUAAAAUUCAAAGACGAAUCCUGGAUGGUGAUCGGUUAGGGCACCAGCUGCAUUCGGAAAUCGCUCGGGGUCGAAUGCUGAUGAAAGGGGAUGUCGUUCCUUCACCCUGAGGUGGAAGACUUCUGAUGAGAGUCAUCACGACCUGCACUCCUUUUUUUUUAGACAAGCGAUGUGUAUUAGCAGCCACUGACUAAAGUCUAGUUCUACGCAUACGCGCUAUAGCGGGGCCCCGGU